AUGGCUUUGGAAAGGUCUGCAUUGUGCAAGUUGGCUCAAAAGAACUUAGAGCGGAAGAAAAUGGAGCUGUUGGAGAAAGAGCUCAAGAGAAGGAGGCAAACAGAAACAUCCUUGCAGCUGCCUCCACAGACAGUUGACACUGGGAAUGCAGAAGAAGCAAGCUUUAGCCUACUGCCUGUCAAUGGCACAACCUCCAGUGUGCAGAGAAAACACCCUGGUAGUGCCUUGAAGAAGAAGGUCUUGAGGAAGCAGGACAACGUGCCCUUACUGCCCAAUAUGCCCAUCAUCCAUGGGAAUGGCAUCUUCCCAUGCAAGUUUUCGGUGACCUGGCAGACGGCCACUGGUGCCAAGCGUCGAGAGGAGCCGCUGUGUGGGAACAGGCAGAAGGACACAGCCUCUUGUGACCCACAGCAGGCCUUGCUCAAGGCACUCUCCUUGCUGGGCAGCAAUGACUGGGAGCUGAAGGAGAAGGCACUCUCCAGCAUCCAACAGCUGGCUGGGUCCCAUUCAGAAGUCGUGCUUUGUAGACUUUGUGAAAUUUGCCUGGCAGUCACCAGCGAGGUGAGCAACCUCCGCUCCAAGGUGUCCUACGCUGCAAUCAUCACUCUUGGAGAGCUCUUUGCAACCUUGAAGAAGGACAUGGACUCCGAGGUGGAUGAGGUUGCUCAGGUCCUGCUCCUGAUGGUUUGGAAUUCCCCAGAGUUUGUUGAGAAAGCAGCCAAUCAGACCCUGGGGAUCAUGGUUGAGAAUGUGACUCCUGCACAAGCACUGGCUGCUCUCAUGGACAGGGGAGCCAAGAGCCGCUACGUCCAGGUGCGGAAGUGUGCGGCCAAACUCCUCCUGUCCUUGAUGGGGACAAUUGGAGUCACGAAGCUCGCAGACACACCCAGGGCUGAGAGCCUGGCGCAGGUGGCAGGGAAGCUUGCUCAGGACGGUCACAAGGACACAAGGCACUAUGGACAGGAGAUGGUGAAGAUGUUGCUAAGUCAUCAAAAAUUUAAAAGGCUUUUGGAGCAAUCUGUUUCUACCUGUGACCUGGAAGAUAUUCUGACAAGAAUUAAGAAGAAAGAGAUGGAAAACCAGAAGAGUGAAGGCCCAUCUGUCAAGAUGCUGGUGAAGAAGAGCAGCGAUUCCUCAAAGAAGCCCCAGGCCACAUUGCCUUCAGUAAACGAUAUGCCCCUGUUCAUCUGUUCAGAUGCAUCUGAGCUACUGUUACAGAUUGUCAUGCCUGGUGUAGAGACACUUCUCCAGAGUGAUGAGUUUCCUUAUUAUAAGACACACAGGUCCCAUAUGAGGAGGCAUUUAAACCUGGAAAUUUUUGAUUAUUUUGUCCUGAGAAUAUCUGACAGCCACAAGAAGGUGAAGCAGAAGGUGCUGGACGUGCUGUCAGAAAUCAUAGGCAUCCUAUGCCUUGAGCCCGUGCUUGUGGAAUGGGUUUAUCCCAGGAGCCCUGAAGUCGUCCAGCGCUCCGCCCUGCCCGUGCUCUGGUCCUUCCUGGGGAACAAGGCGCUGCCUGUCCGAAGAGCCAAUGUCCGCACUGUGGUCACCAAGCUUGCCUCUGCCCUCCACGAGGUGAUGGGCACCAAGCUGAGGAAGUGUGCUGCCAGCCAGCCUCCACAUGUGUGGGAAAACCUCUCCAGCAUCUUGGGCUGGUGA